GUCGUCGUAAGGGCUCAACAGACUCUCAGUGUGUAGAAAUGCCGCAGACAUAUGGCGCACACCUACCCGAUCAAGUGGACCGCAUCUCAGCUUUGUCGGAUGCACAGAUAGAUCUUCUAGCAGACAUCCGGGACAUAUACACCCAACGCGUCGCCCUCGAGCGCGAGUACGCCGCGAAGCUGCAGGCGCUCUCGCGCAAGGCCGCCGAGCGGAAGAACCGCAAGAUCGCCGCCCUCGUCGUCGGCGAUGACCCGACCAAGGCCUGGGACUCGAGCACGAUCCGCCAGAGCACGCUCGAACGCGCAUAUGCGCAGUUGCUCAUGAGCAUGGAGGAGAGCGCGGCGGACCACAUCAACCUAGCGGACGGGCUACAGAUCAAGGUGGCGGAGGCGCUGAAGGUGGAGGAGCGUCGACACGAGGAGCUGAAGAAGAAGCAAAUCUUAUUCUUCACCAAGCUGCUUGGCGAAAGGGAGAAGACGUAUUUGGUCAGGAUCAAGAGCAAGCAAAAGUACGAUGAAGAGUGCGAAGAGGUAGAGACUUACCGCCAGAAGCAAGAGCGCGCCUCGGACGACAAGCACGCCGACCGCGCCGCGCGUCAGUACGAGCAGCAGCAGAACGACAUGAACAUUGCCAAAAACGUGUACCUGGUCGCGAUCGACGUCGCGAACAAGGCGAAGCGCAAGUUCUACGACGAAGACUUGCCUGCUGUUGAGAACCAAUUCCAAACUCUACAGACACAGCUUGUAACAGGCCUGACCCUCAUCCUCGGGCGCGCGCAGCUGUUGCACCAUACGCAUUCAGCUGCACUGGAGUCUCGCGCGAAGACGUUUCAAGAGGUCUUGUCUGCGGUGAACCCGGCCCAAGACCAAGAUCUAUUCAUCGAUUACAACAUACGCCCGUUCACGGCGCCUGGAGACUGGGCCUUUGAGCCAUGCUCGACGCACUACGAUACUGGUGGGAUCAACCUGGAUCCAUCGCCCAAGGUCUUCCUGCAGAACAAGCUGAGCCGAUCACGCGCCAAGUUGGAGGAGCUAAUGCCAGUUGUCGAAGCCAAACGUCGCGAGAUUGCACUGCACGAGAAACGUAUCGAGGCGCAUAAGGAGAAAGUAUCCCCGGAGGAGCUUGCCCGGGACUGGGAUGCUUACUUCGAGGCGCAGCACGAGCUUGCGCUCUUGACUCACUCGGAGUGUGUUCUAAGAACGGAGAUCGAAACCAUAUCUGCAGCUCUUGGAGGCGACGAAGGUUCGAACCAACCGCACGCGUUCAAAGCCUCGUCGUUCUCAAUCCCUACCCAAUGCGCAUACUGCAAGUCAUCGAUAUGGGGCCUUAGCAAACAAGGCAAGACGUGCAAAGCCUGCGGUAUCUCGGUGCACACGAAGUGCGAGCUUAAAGUACCUGCAGCGUGUGGUCUUGCGAGCGGGACGCACGCAGGCGGACAACUUCAUCACAGUGCUUCGACCGCAACUGCCAGGACAUCAACAUCGUCCAGAAGCUCCCCGAGAUCGUCUAUCGAUACGACGCCGACGCCAUCCUCGUUUUUGCACUCCGAGUCGGCGUCGACGAUCCAGGAAUCGCAUCCGAGAGCGAAGGUCCAGUUCGAUUUCACUGCGAGCUCGCCGUUCGAGCUGAGUGUGGCGGAGGGUACCGACGUCGAGGUUCUGGAAGAGGACGAUGGGUCAGGCUGGGUGAAAGUCGACGAUAGGCGCGGCGGGAAGGGGCUAGUCCCUGCGUCGUACGUGGAGUACGUGGAUGGCGCUGUGAGCGGACUACCGCCUACAGGACCUGGAGAUCAAGCCGAAUACGUGCGGGCCAUCUAUGAUUAUGCUGCGCAAGGGGGAGAUGAGAUCGGGUUUCGGGAAGGGGAGACCAUCAGGCUCAGCGAUGGGCCUAGUGGCGGGCGCAACUAUGCGGAUGGAUGGUGGGAAGGGUUUGAUUCGGCGGGGAAGAAAGGGAUAUUCCCGAGUAAUUACGUUCAACCUGUCUGACCUCUACCCAUGUCUUUCUGUGCGAACAUUACUAGACAUUUAGACGCAUGCGGUGGCCGUCCUGCACUGACGAC